AUGAGUACCACGCCGCCUAUAGUCGACGUAGCUGUCGUUGGCGCCGGCCUCAGUGGUCUACAGGCUGCACGAUUGCUUCAGCAGAAUGGAUAUGGCGUAAUAGCAGGAGUAUGGCGCCGCAUGGAUCAACGAUACGACGCAGUCGCGCAUCUGGCUCUAGCGAAGGAAUUCAACUUGACGCCGAUCGUGCAGGCUGCUGGCGGGAAAGUGGUUGCGGAGGAUCUUGAUGGCAGUUGCGUUUUCUUCGAAUACGGCAGCGUUCCUGCGUAUCCUUCGCCCCAGGACAGCAAGGCAUGCAUUGACCUGCGCGAUCACGUCGAUCUCUUGACAACGGAAGCCGGAGGUGCUCUUGACGAUCCAGCCCAGCGUCGCAUGCUCGAUAACAUGACAUUCCAGGCAUGGGUCUCAGCCCUCUUCAUACUCGAUUACAUCCGCACUAGUCUGGGUCUGAUGUCCAUCCGAGGUGAUCUGAAACAUGGCGGACAGCACCUCAGAAUCAGACAAGGAGUGUCUGCAUUUGGAGAAGGAUUGCUGGAACGUCUUGAGCCGGGAACAGUCAAGCUGAAUUCGCCCGUGCGCGCCAUCACGACGCUGCCAGGUGACAGGGUGCAGCUGAGAACGAUAGGCGGCAAGACAUUUCUAGCCCGCCGCGUUAUCGUGACGGUCCCAAGUCCAGUAUAUCGCACCAUUGCUUUCUCUCCGGCUCUGCCAGCCGCAAAGACAGCAUACGCAAACGCAACCAAGCUCACAGGGUACAUCAAGUACCUGCCAGUGUUCUCUAAGCCCUUCUGGCGGGGCCACGGCUUUUGCGGCCUGGGACAGUCGUUUGUCGGCCCAGUUUGCGUAUUCCGCGAUACAAGUAUUGACGCGGCCGACACACCUGGACCUGGCAGUGGUGAUCCCGGCGACCGAUCCCACAACUUUGCUCUGACUUGCUUUAUCGCUGGACGUAACGCGCGACGCUUCGUUGCGUAUAGUCCGGAAGAGAAGAGACGAGUCGUCAUGCAGCAGAUAAGUCGUAUGUUCAACAAGGGUGCAGAUGUGUCGGACCUUUUGAUUGAGGUACUAGAAUCGAGGUGGAGCAGCGAGCGAUACAACGGCUGGGGCUGCCCGAUACCGACACUUGGUCCUGGCGUGUAUAACACGUGCUUCGAUGCUUUCGUGGCUCCAGCAGGAAAAUUGCAUUUCAUUGGCAAUGAGACAGCGAGUUACUGGAGAGGAUACAUGGAGGGAGCUCUAGCAUCAGCCGAGAGAGGCGUAGCAGAGGUCGAGAAGUGUCUUUGGGAACGUAAAGCAUCGUUGUGA